UGUGGGAGGCGUUUGUCUCCUGUUACUUUCAUUUUCUUCCUCUAUUUGACUUCUUAUCUGCACUGAACAGAAUCUGAAGGCGAUCCACGUCUGGGUCUUAAAAGAACAGACACAGACAUGACCUCUGCUGAUCUGUUGGAAGAAUUAAACUGCUCCAUCUGCCUGGGAAUUUAUACAGAUCCUGUCACCCUGAGAUGUGGCCACAACUUCUGCCAGGGCUGUAUCAAUCAGGUGCUGGAUACCCAGGAGCGCUCUGUAAAUUUCUCCUGUCCUGAUUGCCGAGAAGAUUUUCAAGAACGUCCAACUCUGAGGAAAAACACAACUUUAAGUAACAUAGCUCAGUGCUUCUUGUUUACUCAACCUAAAGAGGCGCAAGCACCAAUCCUCUGCACCUACUGUAUCCAGUCUUCAGUGCCAGCCAUUAAAACCUGCCUGUUGUGUGAAGCGUCUCUGUGCGUGAGUCACCUGGUUGUCCACAACAAGUCGCCAGAACAUAUUUUAGCCGAACCCACAACUAACAUGGGUAGCAGAAAAUGUUCCAUCCACAAGAAGAUCCUGGAGUAUUACUGCACAAAGGACGGGACUUUUAUUUGUGUGGCUUGCAGGUUGGAAGGUGACCACAAGGGUCACAAAAUUAAAACAAUGAAAGAGGUCUCGGAUGAGAAAAAAGAGAGAUCAAGAAAGGUUUUGAGUAAUCUGACCACGAAAUGUAAAGAAAACGAGAAAAACAUUCAGAGACUUCAAAAGCACAAUAGAGAAGUACAACAAAAGGUCCACAAUGAAAUCGAUAAAGCAGCCGCAAUAUUUAAAGAUAUUAGAAGACGACUUGAGGAUGAGGAGAAAAAAGUCUUUAGUGAGAUCUACGGGCAAGGAGAGCAAGUGUCGGUCUCAGUCACUCAGUUUGUCAAGAAGCUUGAGAUGGAGAAGGAAAUGCUGACCCACAGGAUGGAUCACAUCACAAAACUGUGUAACAUGACCGAUCCAUUUAUUAUCUUACACGAGCAGGAACCCAACAUAGAUACAUCUGACACAAGUCGUGGAAACAUUGGUGACCUAGGUAAUGUGGAUGUAGGUCUUAUCUCAAAGAGAUUAAACACAGGUUUAUCUGAUUUUGUAGCUGGUGUGAAGACACAAACCCAUGGGCAAUAUGCUUUGGCUAUAUCUUUAGAUGUAAACACAGCUAGUGAGGACAUCGAUAUAUCAGGUGACUUAUCAACUAUAUCGAGGUCAGAAAUAAAACCGUAUCAUCCCAAGAGAUUUGAGUACUAUCCUCAAGUACUCAGCCUCAAGAGCUUCUCCUCAGGACUACACUCCUGGGAAGUGGAAACCAGUGAAUCGGGGACCUGGAGGAUCGGAGUCAGCUACGACAGUUUAGAAAGAAAAGGAGAUCACUCAUAUUUUGGAGAAAACGCCAAGUCCUGGUGCUUGCGGAGAUACAAUAAUAAUCUGUAUUCAGUGCUACAUGACAGUAAGGAGAUGCAACUAAGUCACAAGGUCUCCUGUCACCGAUUGAGAAUAUGUCUGGAUUACGAUGCUGGGCAGCUGUCCUUUUUUGAGUUGACCAACCCUGUUACAUAUCUGCAUACCUUCACUGCCACCUUCACCGAGCCUUUACACGCUGCAUUUUGUGUAUGGGAUGACUGGGUUAGAAUACUAAAGUAGAAGGGUCACAUUUAUGACACUAAUCCGAGCCUUUAUUGUGCUGCCCAUUCAUUUUGCAGAAUUUUUAUCUGGUGCUUGUCGCCCCACUUUCUGAGUAAUGCACUUUGCAUGAGCUACCAAUGCCUGGAGGGAGGAGAGUGACAACAGCUCUAUGCACAGUUGUAGCCAGGUCAAAUGGUUGUCACCUUUCCAUAACUACUCAACUAGCGUCCCACCAGACCAAGCCAAAUAUAGUCAUCAUGCCAAUAGUAAUAA